AAAAGAGCGUCCGCCUCUUCGUUUUUGCAUAUCAGCGUGGGCAACGCACAUCUCUAAAAUGCAGCACUCAGCCGUCCACUCCAUUUCCCUCCUCGACUCCCUCCUCCUCCUCCUUCCAUCCUCCUCCUCCGACGCCGUCCAAACCAGAUCCCACGCUCGGCAACUCCACGCCCUCCUCCUCAAGUGCCACCCGCGCCCCUCUCCUCUCCUCUUCUCCCUCUACACCUACCUCGGCCUCGUCGGCGACGCCCUCCGCGCCUUCGCCUCUCCUCCCGCCCCCUCCCCCGCCUGCUACGCUGCCGUCAUCCGCUGCUCCUCCGCCCGCGGCCUCUUCCACCACUCCCUCUCCGUCUUCGCCCGCCUCCGCUCCUCCGGUGCUCCCCUACCCCACGCCCUCCUCCCCUCCGUACUCAAGUCCUCCGCCGCCCUUAGGGACCCGCGCCUCGCUGAAACCCUUCACGGAUUCUUGAUUCGCUCCGGUUGGCUCUCCGACCUCUUCUCCUCCAAUGCCCUCAUGAACACGUACUGCAAAUUAUGCCAUGAUGCCGACGACCACGCGCGGACGACCACAGAUGGUGUUUCUAAAUGCUUGCCAAAAUUUGACUGUUUGGGAAGCGUCAGAAAGGUGUUCGACGAAAUGCCUGAACGAGAUGUCGUCUCGUGGAACACCUUGAUUGCAGGAGCUGCGGAAGUCGGGAUGUAUUUUGAAGCUUUAUCCAUGGUCAGGAACAUGGGCGUCUCUGGUCUGAAGCCUGAUUCAUUCACUUUGUCGAGCAUUCUUCCAAUCUUUGCUGAAUAUGUUGAUGAUUACAAGGGAAUGGAGAUUCAUGGCUUUGCAAUAAGGCACGCAUUGGAUUCAGACGUGUUCAUCGGGAGUAGCUUGAUCGACAUGUAUGGCAACUGCACAAAUGUGGAAUAUUUAUGCCGUGUGUUUGAUAAUUUACCCAACCCUGAUUCGAUAUCGUGGAAUUCGAUUAUAGCUGGUCUAGUACAAAACGGCAUGUUUGAUGAGGGGCUCAAAUUGUUCCGAAAGAUGCUGAUUCUUCAGAUAAAGCCAAUGUCAGUGACUUUCUCAAGCAUCAUGCCUGCUUGUGCUCACUUGACUACAUUGCAUCUCGGAAAGCAGCUUCAUGGUUAUGUCAUUCGAGGUGGAUUCGAUAAGAAUGCUUUCGUAGCCAGCUCGCUUAUUGAUAUGUAUGUGAAAUGUGGAAAUAAUCGUAUUGCUCGGCGAGUCUUUGACAGGAUACAAUCUCCGGAUAUCGUCUCAUGGACUGCAAUGAUUAUGGGAUAUGCCUUGCAUGGACCAGCAAAAAAAGCACUAUCACUGUUCCAGCAGAUGGAGAUGGAAAAUGUGAAGCCUAAUCAUGUGGCAUUUGUGGCAGUAUUAACUGCUUGUAGCCAUGCUGGUUUAGUCGACGAGGCUUGGGAUUACUUCCAUAGAAUGUCUAAGGAUUACAGGAUCACUCCCAGAUUGGAGCAUUAUGCAGCUGUUGCUGACCUUCUUGGUCGAGCUGGGAAGCUGGAUGAAGCCUAUGAUUUUAUUUCCACUAUGCACAUAAAACCUACAGCAAGUGUUUGGUCUACCUUGCUGGCAGCUUGUAGGGUUCAUAAGAAUGCCGAAUUAGCUGAGAAAGUAGCUCAAAAAAUCUUUGAGAUUGAGCCCAGAAACUUGGGAUCGCAUGUUCUCAUGUCAAAUAUUUAUUCAGCUGCUGGUAGAUGGAAAGAAGCGACCAAAGUAAGAAUGACGAUGAAACACAAGGGGAUGAAGAAGCAACCGGCUUGUAGCUGGAUCGAAGUGCAAAAUGAUUUACAUGGAUUUGUGGCGCAUGAUACAUCUCACCCAUGGUAUAAUGAGAUAAUGAAGGCAUUAGAAGUUUUAAUGGAAUUAAUGAAACGUGAUGGUUAUGUACCUAACACUGAGGAUGUGCUGCAUGAUGUUGAAGAAGAGCAGAAGAGGCAUAUGCUAUGCGGUCACAGUGAAAGGCUUGCAAUAGCAUUUGGCAUAAUAAGAACUCCUCCAGGAACUACCAUUAGAGUAACAAAGAACCUUCGAGUAUGUGUUGAUUGUCAUACGGCAACAAAAUAUAUCUCAAGGAUUGUUGGAAGGGAGAUAGUUGUUAGGGAUUUGAACCGCUUCCACCAUUUCAAGGAUGGGGAUUGUUCAUGCGGGGAUUAUUGGUAGCUAAAGCAAAGAUAAAAUCACCAAGAGAAUUAAACAGUUCAUGGUUAUUGGCAUAAAUUAGACUUGAUUUUCUAUUUGAAGAAUUGGGGAAAGGCGGUGAUAUCUUCUCUUAUGUUCUAAACUGUUGCCUUUCAUUGAGACAACUAGAUGUUUUAGGAUGGCUGAUCAUGAAUUAAGCAAUCACGGAUACUCUUUGGUAAGUUAUCGCUUUUACUUCAUCCUUGAGAUUUAGUUCUGUUUUAUGAAAAGCUGUUAGUUUCUGAAACUAGAAGACACUGUCCCUGUUUAGAUCUACAUGCCCCUGAACAUACUCUGUGAUCCAUUGGAUUUGAUCUUCUGCACAAUCAAGAUUUCUGCGACAUCAAGAUCUUCUGCCUUCGCCCUUUAUACAUUCUUAUGGCAUUAAUGUUAAGUUUCUAUGAUUUGUUUAUUUUCUUGUUGAUAUACACGCCAUGGAAGAUAAGGAAUUUGUCAGGGGAAAUGAAGAAAUAUGACAAGGAAAUGCAUGAGUUGGGCUUCAAGGUUUAGAGAAUCGUUUUGCAGGUUUGUCCUUUUUUCAAUGAUUGCUUAAAAACUAUUAAGUUUUAUGGAUUUGUGAUACUUUCUUAGUUCUUAUUCA